GGGCUGUGCAGGUCGGGAGAGCCGCAGUGCAGCGUCUAGUGCCGGGUACUGCAGGUAACUUAGUGACUGCGAAGUGGGGUUCGUGAAGUGGUGCCAAGAUGUCUGAGAGAAAAGUCUUAAAUAAAUACUAUCCACCAGAUUUUGAUCCAUCAAAAAUCCCUAAACUCAAGCUGCCUAAAGAUCGGCAAUAUGUGGUAAGACUGAUGGCCCCCUUCAACAUGAGGUGUAAGACAUGUGGCGAAUAUAUUUAUAAAGGCAAGAAAUUUAAUGCCCGGAAGGAGACAGUGCAGAAUGAGCUAUAUCUGGGACUCCCAAUUUUUCGUUUCUAUAUCAAGUGUACCCGAUGUCUAGCUGAAAUCACCUUCAAAACAGACCCUGAGAACACAGAUUAUACCAUGGAGCAUGGAGCCACCCGGAACUUCCAGGCUGAGAAACUACUGGAAGAGGAAGAGAAAAGGGUACAGAAGGAAAGAGAAGAUGAAGAAUUAAAUAAUCCCAUGAAGGUGCUGGAGAAUCGGACCAAAGACUCUAAGCUGGAGAUGGAGGUCCUAGAGAACCUGCAGGAGCUAAAGGAGCUCAACCAGCGCCAGGCUAACGUGGACUUCGAGGCAAUGUUACAGCAGCACCGAGUGUCCGAGGAAGAGAAGCGCCAGCGAGAGCAGGAGGAGGACCGGAGGGAAAUGGAGGCCAUGAUGGAGCAGGCCCGGAGACGGAGACUGCUUGAAGACUCUGAUUCUGAUGAAGAGCUCGCCCUUGCGCCUUCUCCAAUGCCCGUUCGGGCCACCCCCACAGCCAUCUUAGAGGAGGUCCCACAGAUAAAAAAGCAGAAGUUGGAGAGCUGGGAACGGAGUGUGGGUGCUCUGGGCAGUAAGUCCAAGCUGGCAGGCCUGGUUGUGGCAAAGAAGGCGCCUGCCCAGAGGACCAGCAGCAGCAAUGGGCACGUGGGCUUGCCUUCCUCGGGCACAGGCAUACCACAGAGUUUGAAGGAUGCCAAUUCGUUGCCCCGAAUACCCGGUUCCUCAUCCCUGAGCCAGCUGGGGGCGUACUCAGACAGUGAAGAUAGCAGCAGCAGCAGCUGAAGCAUCAGCCCCUCCCCUUGGAGGGAGGCCCCGACUCUUAACGGCCCUUCCCCAGUGGGGCCUGACCACAGAGCCAGGCUGGAGUGGGUUUAUUUCUUUGUUCAGUGAGCUGAGCAACAUGAGGAGGAGGAUUGGGGCGGGAGUGACACUGUGCCUCUGUCUCGAGAGCUUACUGUGCUUUCCCCCCUUCUUAGCUGGCUGCUCCUCUCCUCUCCUCUCCUUUUCAGGCCCAUAGGCCUUGGGAGCUUUCCAUGUUAUGGCAUUCCUCCCUCUUUAGGAAGUGGUAACUGAAGAUCUGCCAUCCAUUCCUAGCCUCACACCCCCCAAAGGAGCAGGGGUGGCCCUCCAGAAGAUGCUGGGACUCAACCCUGCUUCCUUUGGACCCCUACCCCUCAUGUUCAUCAAGCCCAAGCAGCCACAGCAGAAUUACUGGGGUGGCGUGGAGUUACUUCUUGCUAUCCUUGGAAUUUGAGGGCUUUUUUCUCCCUUACAGGGCCGGAAUUCAUUUAUUUCUGUUGCUGGUGUGUCACUGAUCACAUGCCAUAGAGAAUGGCACUUUUCAUCAGUGCUUAGUGCUAACCCCACAUGGGUGGUAGAUUUGCCUUCCCCUAGCCCCACACCCACACCAGCCCCUAGCUGAUGGCACUUGAACCUUUGGGAAUUGAAUUAUAGGAUAUAUGAUGCCCUCUCACAACAGGUAUCUUCUUUUUCCCUCUACCUUCUGCCCAGAUCUAAGCAAUAAACGGAGCAGAUUCUGAGACCAACAGUGCUGCAAGUGGCCAGAUCAGGCCUACCCAAAAGUGACAUCCCUAUUCUCUUCUCUCUCCCCUCUCCCCCUCCACCCCCCCCCCACCUACCAGCACCACCUGAUUUGUAUCUUGAAGUCAUUAUCUUAAACCAAAUAAAGGAAACCAAAAGGACUCAU